GGUUUCGGUGGGGGUUUCACCAGCUUUGGACACCGCGCCCCGAUUGAGGAACAAUUGCCGCGAGCUCCGGACACAUCGUGGCCAUGCGGCCCAGGACAGGCUGCUUUCCCACUUUCUCAGUUCUGCGAACCGCACCCGGGCCCAGGGAAAUUUCCUACCGAUCAAUGAGGGUGCUGGGACCCUGACGGACAGAUGUCCGUGGGGUUUUCCGGGUAGAGAGAGGCUGCCAUGGAUGACUCUGCCGAGGCUUUACCCGCCAGUCUGUGGGCUGUGCUUGGAAUGGGAGUGGAUGGAUCUCCCAAACUCUGCCGAGCUUCUGCAUUCAAGCAUCUGGAACUCGGAACAAAACUAGGCUCCCGAGUUUAAUCUCGGAUGUAGAGCGUGCAGGACACCUUGGCAGAUAGGUCCGUGGUGAAUUAGGCUGUUAUAUUCAGAGAGUACGAGUCGGAGGUCUGUAGUUAGUGGUGUUCCACAGGGAUCUGUUUGGGAUGUAUAUCAAUGACCUGGAUGAAAAUGUAGAUGGGUAGGUUAGUAAGUUUGUAGAUGAUAUGAAGAUUGGUGGAGUUGUGAAGAACACAGAAGACUGACAAAGAAAUCAGUGGGGUAUAGAUCAGUUGCAGAUACGGGGACAGAUGGACAGAGUCGAUAUGGGAAGGCUGUUUCCCUUGGUGGGUGAGUCCAGGACAAGAGGUCACAGUCUUAGAAUUAGAGGGUACCCAUUUAAAACAGAUGAGGAGAAAUUUUUUUAGCCAGAGGGUCGUGGAUUUGUGGAAUUCGUUGCCACGUACGGCUGUGGAGGCCAGUCAUUGAAGGUUUUUAAGGAGGAGAUUGACAGUUUAUCUGAUUAGUCAGUGUAUCGAGGGAUGUGGGGAAAAAAGCCGGAAAUUGGAACUAGACGGGAGAAUAAUUUAGCUCAUGGUGGAGUAGCGGAGCAGACUCGAUGGGCCGAAUGGCCUACUUCUGCUCCUUUGUCUUGUGAUCUUGUGGAAUCAGUGGGAUAUAGAUCAGUUGCAGAUACGGGCAGAGAGAUGGCAGAUGGAGUUUAGUCCGGCCAAGUUUUAAGAGACAUUUUGACAUAAACACUGAGUUAAACUGACCGAUCCUUUGUUCGGUCCCCGAUGCCCCACACCUUCUCGUGGGUUCCAACACUCAAGCAGUGCUCACUAGUGUGUCUCCUGGUGUGUCUGAGGGGUGUCUCCCCAGACCUCACUUUUAUCCCUACUCAUGGGGUCUCGGGUGUCAAUCAGUUUUGAAUGGCUUAGCCCAUCAAACCAGCCCACUCCGGCUGUCCACUGAGGAAUUUUAAUGAACAGAAUAGUACCAAGUAAACAGCCCUCUCCGGAGCCAGAAGUCUUUCAGGAGUAAUAAUAUGACGUGUAAGUUAACCUUUUGGGAGUUUUGCCCGAGGACUCCCAAGUCCCCCUGCACCUUUGAUGUUUGAACUUUCCUAUUCAGAGGUAUAACAGCAUCAAAGGAAGCUAGAAAACAUUAUGAUGGACGUCUAGUCCAACUUUCGUCCAUUUUCUCUCAGCUACUCGUAAGUUCACAGAUAAAGUUAUUUAACUAUGGUGAAGUUUUAGUAAGUUAAUUCUUUUUAACCCUAGUGGGGCCACAGUGUUUAAUAUAUUUUUCAAAUUAUUGUUGAAAGAGUCAACCAUUUCAUUUACUGCGUAGGCAGACGGGAUUAGUCAGCUGUUUGGUUCAGUACAUCAUUGUGGGCUGCAGGGUCUGUUCCUGUCCUGUCCUGUUUUAUCUGCUAUAAUGUGUUUAGUUGAGACUGAGGUCUGAAAGAAUGUACUAGGUCUAUCUUCCAGUCAACGUAAAUGUUAAUUAGUUCUGCAAGAAAAAAAUCAGAAUUCUUGCAUCAACCUUGGUUCUUUAGAAAGUCAGCUCUGCUUUACGCCCUCCAGUCUGGACCCUUCUACCCGUGAAAUCAUUUUGUCCCAUUCUCUCUGAGAACAUGAUAUCCGAUGCCUUUGUCCAGGGUACCAAGUGACUUGUAGCGUUCACGUCACAAAGUGUCACACACCACUGACCUCUAUUGAGAGUCUAAUCACGUUCCCUUCAUAUCCAUUGCUAUUGGUCAUUUCACCACUGUCAGUCACUUGGAGGGGGAGGAGGGCUCAGAAUAACUAGAAAGUCUCCAGAAGACUUCAUGUCAUAUCAUGUGCUCUUUGUAGCUCUGUGGGACGUGCCCAGAACCUGAAAUAAUCUAACUGGGAGAGACAAACUGAGCCAAGUCACAGAUCGAUGACGGGCAGAAAUGUCCAUCGUGACACAGACGGAGAGUUUGGUGGUUGGUCUGGAUGCCUGAACAGUGCCCUGUUACAAAAUGAGGAGUCAUUUCUCCAACUUGCAUCGAGCCUUGCUGUCACUGGUCAGAGCUCACCGUAGAGUCUGAAACUAUCUCACAUCGGAAGCUGCCUUUCACCCACCGAUGUACUCUACACAUCUCUUUACAGGAGAGAGGCUUUGUGUACGGGAAUCUCAAGCACAACAAAGAGGGCAAUUACGGUCAGCUCGAAUCUCUGACUGGAGAGGAGGAGAUGCUUGAGAAGACAGCACAGCAGUCAGGGCAAGGAGAAUCCGAACAUGAGUUCAGUGUCGGGGUGAGAUUUGGAUGAACGGAGCUGGAGACACGCUGUGUAAAUUGCCUACAAGUUACUGAGGGGGACAACCAGGUAUUUUCUUUGUACCUCAUCCCAGCUCCAAAAUGAAUUUCCCUGAAAUCCAGUGGAACUGGGUUGCCGAGAACACACCAGCUUUUAUUCACCAGAGAUCAGUUCCUCAAAAGCAAUGAUUUUCCAAGGGAUUCACUACGUCUGACAUCCGAUUUGAUGAAUUGCCAGAGAAUUGAUAGCAGGGAGAUAGCAUUCACCUGCUGUGUGUGUGUGUGGGAAGGGAUUCACUCAGCCAUUCAACCACAGUCACACCAGUGAGUUGACACUGUGGAGAGUCCGUUCACCCGCUGUGUGUGGGAGGGGAUAUGUUCAGUCAUCGAGCCCAAAGAUACAUCAGCGAGUUCACACCGUAGUUCGACCGUUCACCCGCUGUUCUGACUGUGGGAUGUGAUUCAUUCUGCCGACCAAGCUUAAGCUCCGUCAGAAAGUAGUGCCGCUGAGAGCCUGUUCACCUGCUCCGUGAGCGUGAUGAGACACCGGCGGGUUCACACCGGGGAGAGGCGGUUCUCCUGCUCCGAGUGCGGGAAGGCGUUCACCCAGUCGUCCCAGCUGCGGACCCACCAGCGAUUUCACAGCGGGGAGCGGAACUUCAUCUGCUCCGUCUGCGCCAAGGGGUUCAUUCGAUCGGCUGACCUGCUGCGGCACCAGCGGGUUCACUCCGGGGAGCGGCCGUUCACCUGCUCGGACUGCGGGAAGGGGUUCACCCAGUCGUGUCACCUGCAGACGCACCAGCGGAUUCACAGAGGGGAGAGGCCGUUCGUGUGCUCGGUCUGUGGGAAGAGGUACCCUCAAUCGUCCCAUCUGCUGGUACACCAGCGAGUUCACACCGGCGAGAGGCCGUACUCCUGCUCGGAUUGCGGGAAGACGUUCACCCAGGCCUCCCAUCUGCAGGCACACGAGCGGGUUCACACCGGGGAGAGGCCGUUCACCUGCUCCGCGUGUGGGAAGGGAUUCAGCAGCUCGUCCAACCUGAUGACCCACCAGCGAGUCCACUCCGGGGAGAAGCCGUUCACCUGCCCCGAAUGCGGAAGCAGAUUUACUCGGCCAUCCGAGCUGCAGGCCCACCAGCGAGUUCACAGCGGGGAGAGGCCGUUCGUCUGCUCUGUCUGCGGGAAGGGCUUCAUUCAGUCAUCCGAGCUGCUGCGACACCAACGGGUUCACACCGGGGAGAGGCCGUUCACCUGCUCGGAGUGCGGGAAGGGGUUCACUCGGUCGUCCAACCUGGCGACGCACCUGCGAGCCCACACCGGGGAGAGGCCGUUCACCUGCUCCGUGUGUCGGAAGGGAUUCGCGAGUUCAUCCCACCUGAUGAGGCACCAGCGGGUUCACUCCGAGGAGAGGCCGUUCAGCUGCUCGGAAUGCGGGAAGAGAUUUACUGCAUCCUCUCACCUCCAGGCACACCAGCGGGUUCACACCGGGGAGAGGCCGUUCACCUGCUCAGACUGUGGGAAGGGAUUCACUCGGUCGUCCAACCUGGCGACACACCAGCGAAUUCACGCGGGAGAGAAGCCUUUCACCUUCUCCGACUGUGGAAAGAGAAUUACUGUGUCAUCUCAUACCCAGGCACUCCGGCGGGUUGACACUGGGGACAGACCGUUCAUCUGCUCCGAAUGUGGGAGGGGAUUCACUCGGUCAUCCAACCUAGAGAUACACCAGAGAGUUCACACUGGGGAGAGGCCGUUCACCUGCUCAGAGUGCGGGAAGAGAUUUACUCGCUCUUCUCAUCUACUGAGACACCAGUCAGUCCACACCGGGGAGAGACCGUUCAUCUGUUCCGAGUGUGGGAAGAGAUUCACCCAGCUGUCCCAUCUACAGACACACCGGCGAGUUCACUCUGGGGAGAAGCCGUUCACCCGCUGAGACCGUGGGCAGGGAUUCAUUCGGUCAUCCCACCUUGUGGGGCGACGCUGAGAGUCUGCACACGUCUUUGUGUGAGCAAAGAGGUUUACUAGCUGAAACACCAGCAACUGCACACGGAGGAAGCAGUUGAAGUAACUCUGUGUUAAGUUUUUAACCAUCACAAUUGGAGAACCCAUUUGCAGGAUUACGAGUGCGUGUUGUCAAAUUCUGCAGUUAUCGCUGCUGUUCAUCGCACCUGGGACUGAACCCUGGUCACUGGGUUUGUUCAGAUGACAUCAGCCUUUAAUUGGACUGGAGUUUAAUAUUGUGGAUCUGUCGUAAAUAAAUCAGGUCUAUUUUAAAACUUGUGUUUCAGGUUCUUCCUGAUGUGCAGCACACUG